AGAAAAUGGAAGCUUUGGGGGCAUGGCACCGAUGGGACCGCCCGCGUGCACGUGGCUGAUGCGCGAAUCCAUCAGAUUGUCUUCCGGCGAUUGCUCAUGCGCAACUCAACCCCACCCACCUCCUCAAUCUGCUCAACGUCUCUGGCCUCUUUCUCGCCCCCGCUCCUGAGCCAUUCGCUGGAUGGUGGCUGCAUGGUUUGUGGGGAAUGAAGCCGGUGGCACUGGAGCAGUGAGGUAUUAUAUGUGACUGGAGUUGCGUAAGAAGGGCUGGUUUGCAUAGUGACGAUGAGUUUGUCUGUCACUCCGUUUAUCGUCUAAGUUGGGGUUCGACGCGGCUGUCGGUGUUUGAUGUUCAUCUCGUGCUGAUCUCCGAUUACAUGGAGCUAUAGCCCCGUGCCAAUUAAAUCAUGACCACUUUCUCUUCUUACGAGGCAACUUCAACCCCUCCGAUCGGCACAUCCAUUACUCCUACUAAUUCGAGCAGUCCUCGAUGGAGGAUUAUUUUCCAAAGAAAUUGCAAGCCAAAGACGUUGAGGAGUCGGAACUCAAGGUUUAGGUCCCAACAAGGAUCAGGUCCACGACUUGCGGACCAUUUAACCAGCCUUUGGCAACGAAGGCCUAGCUUAGAUAGGAAGGACGCUAGUAAACCCCGGCAGAUUCGAGGUUCAGGUAGAGAUAACAGGCAAGUUGGUGCUAAAGGCUGGCACGUCUCAGCGUUUGGAGGCAUAGACAUGCUUGUGAAUUCUAGCUUGAUGGCGAAUGUACAGGCCAAUAUAGUGCCGAUGGCUGUGAUUGUGGCGCUUGGAAGUCUGAUUUUUACAAUUAUUCUUCUAUUGGGCCUCGCGAUACUCUGCCACCCACUGUGGAUUGUGAAAUGGACACAGAAACUUCAGCCACAUGUUAUGUAUCUUAAACCCACACAAGAAAAACUCGUUGCUUUAACUCUCGAUGACGGCCCCCAUGCACACAUCACUCCUCAGUUGCUGGACAUCCUAAAGGAGAAUAACUGCAGGGCGACGUGGUUCCUGAUUGGCAACCACAUGGCGCGCUGCCCUCUUGUAGUGGAUCGUAUUAUUGCUGAAGGUCAUGAAGUGGCGAAUCAUAUGAUGGCCGAUGUUGCCAGUUGGACUCUUUCCAAGGAAGAGUUUGAGACGCAGCUUAUUGAAUGCGACAAUCGUCUGAAGGAUUACUAUCGGAACAAUUCUAGUGGUCAAGCUCAGAAAUGGUUCCGCCCAGGACAUGGUUUCUACAAUAUGCAGAUUGUAAAGACUUGCAAAAAGCACGGCUAUCGAGUUGCGUUGGGAUCUUUGUAUCCCAUGGAUCAUAUGUUCGAACGACAAGCUCAUCUUCUCGUAAAGAUUCUGCUUUGGCGGAUCCAUCCAGGAGCAGUUAUUAUACUACAUGACCGUGUUCCUCAGUGGGCACAAACUCCUCUGGUCUUGCGCCUGCUUUUACCAGAGCUGAGGAAGCGUGGCUACCGAGUCGUAAGCCUCUCCGAACUAGAGGAGUCAGUGAGCAACCCAGAAGUGAAGCAGGCCGACUAAUAUAAGCAAAUCUACGAUACUUUUCACAAAUCAUUCUGGGGACUUUUUGAUGCAACUGUGACAUAAAACCUUUGAAGCGAAGGCGUGCUCUUGGUGUAGAAUAUAUCUUAAUCCUUAAAUCUUCUGUCUUUUGAACCCAGUCUUUGUCAGAUUCAGGAAUGGCUUGGCAUUGUAUUCAGAUUGGGGAACAAUAUUGCAAGUGGACAGUAUCUUGACAGAAUUGAUCAGCAUCAGCAUUUCCAAGGGCCCUCUUCAAAAGAUGCUUUGUGGAGCCAAUAUCCUAAGAACAUUCAAAUGGCUAAAGUUAGGCAAACAGGUACUACGAUACUAAUUACCAACUGGUCUUUGUGGAACAGGGCGUGCGUCAGCGUCUCUUGUCUGCUGUCGUGCUUAAGAGAUAGAUGGCUACAUUCUAUGUGUGAUUAGGGCACAUCGAAGGUAUCAUUUGUUUCGGCAGGAGAGUUUAGGUGGUGAAAGAGAGUAGCAUGUGAAAUAAAGAGUUUUGCUGCGGACUUUUUGAAGUUGUACACUAACAUGGUGAUCAUUUCAAGUUCGUAAUUUUGUAACUUGUUUCUGAGUUAGUCAAUUCUAGCGUUUGCUUCA